AUGCCUUCUGGCCCCAAAGGCCCCCUCGAGCUUGCUGGUGAAGCCAGGGCUGCUUUUGGGAGAAUUAAAAAUUCCCUUGCCGACGCCACCUUGCUCCCGCAUCCCCCUCCCGAAGCUCAACCAUCCCUGAUGGUAGAUGCUAUGACCGUAACCGCAGGUGCAGUUCUUCAACAAAAACUUUCUGGUUCGACUCGACCACUGGCCUUUUUCUCCAAAAAGCUCUUGCCGGCUGAAACCCUCAACGUUACUUUUGGCUGUGAACUACUUGCCAUUUAUCUGGCCGUGAAGCAUUUCCUGCAUUUCCUUGAAAGUCGUGACAUCGCUAUUUUCACAGACCACGAGUCACUGAUUUUUCCUCCUCGUUCCCACUCCGACAAAUACAAUCCCAGAAAGAUCGCCCACCUGGACUACAUCUCCCAGUUAACCACCGACAUCCACCACACUGACGGGACGAAGAAUGAGAAGGCUGACAUGCUGUCCAGGCCAUCACUAUCGUCGCCCCAACUCUCACACGGGAUCGACCUUGGCGUCAUGGUGGCUGAGCAACAACUAGUCGGUUUUCCUGGUGACGGGUCCGUUAGCAGUUUCCAAUCCAUAGACUUUCCUCUGACCACCGACUCUAGUACCAUACUUUGUAACGUCUCGACCUUUUUUUCAUCGUCCUUUUUGUGGCCACCUCGAUGUGUCGAGCUGUGUUUCAAACUCUGCAUGGACUCUCCCACCCUGAAAUACGAGCCUCACAAAAGCUCUUCGCGGAAAGAUUUGUCUUGCCUGACAUGA